GGUGGAUUGGAAUAUAACUACAUGUCUAGCACGACUACGUACAAGGAAGUCAGAAACACAGACUAGACUGAAUUCAGCUCCCCCCAAACCUGUGCGCUGAUUCGUAAAUACAUCUUAAUUCAACUCUCAAGUAGGUAAACAGAAAACUUUAUAACAAAAUGUCCCGCACUUUGUUUAUUUAGCCAUGUCUUUAUGUGCGGUUUUAGAGCGGUUCUCGAGACUUCGCCCACGUCAUAUCACCACUUAUACAGAAGAGUUUCUCAAAUAUUAUCCUUAUCCGAGCUACCUGUAGGUCGCAGUCGCACGCAGGACGACUCCGCCACCAGUACACGAUGGGCGGACUUCACUACGGACUGCUGGUCACCCUCGUCUCGCUGGUUGUCUUACUGGAGGAGGGCCACGGUCAGUGUCCAGUUGACCCACGUUGCACGUGUCAACCCAGAAACAAUUCCGACAUAACCUGUAAUAACGUUUUCACCGGAGAACUACCAACACUUUUGCCCCCAGAUGAUGUGUAUUUUCGAUCCUUAACAAUAUACGGAUAUGGAAUUAAUUCCAUUGCAAAAGGUGCAUUCAAGAAGUUGCCAGUAACCAGACUGACAUUGUCAAGAAUACAGAUAUCUGAGUUGGAGUGCCAGGUUUUUGCCGGACUAGAAAACUCAUUAACCCAGUUGACAGUUUCUUAUUUGAGACUUACUUCCAUCCCCAUUUGUGCGAUCAGAAAUCUGAAGAAACUGACGUCAUUUACGUUGAGUGGAAGCAGAAUACCUACAAUUCGUCCAGAAGACUUUUCAAACAUCACCUUGCUGGAAAGUCUUCAGCUCACAAGUAACUACAUUGAGAAGAUCGAGCCCGGGGCAUUCCGUGCACUUGUCCAUCUUACCGAUUUAAAUCUUUAUGCCAACAAGAUUGCAGGGCUAGACGAUUUUUCUUUCAGAGGUCUUACUUCUUUGAAAACGCUAUCAUUACAGAAUAAUGCGAUUUCCAGUCUGCCUGUAAGAUUAUUUGACGAAUUAAUCAAUCUGCAACAACUGUAUGUGGCCUACAAUGACAUCGUGGAGUUAGAGGAAACCCUCUUCUCACGCAAUUCUAAUUUAUCGACCAUUUCUCUAGUAAGAAACCAGCUGUCGAGUCUACCUGAGGAAAUAUUCAAGGGACUGGAUAAACUACAGACUUUGGUAGCUAGCUAUAACCGUCUGUCGGAUUUACCCCUGAAGCUGUUUGAAGGAUGUCCCAAUCUGAAUUCUCUAGAUCUCUCAUCAAACAUGCUUACGUAUCUUAAACCCGAAUUACUACGACCACUCACAAAACUUAAGACCAUAAACCUGCGAAACAACAGAAUCUCUGGCAUCUCUGACAACCUCAUGAAUGUUGUGAUGACUGAUGCCUUUAGCCAGUCAGCCAGCAUCGCUUAUAUUUAUCUGCAAAACAACAGUUUAUCGACGAUUCAACCAGGAGCAUUCAGGAAUUUAAUUUCUCUCAGAAAUUUAGGUUUGAGCCAGAAUAAAUUGACUGCGAUUCCACCGGGAGCUCUAACAAACUCAUCUAGUUUGCAGUAUCUCUAUCUGGAUAAUAACCAGAUACGGGACAUACCUCGAGAUUUCUUUGAACAACUGUCAUCUCGUAUAUAUACUCUGUAUUUGGACAACAAUCACUUGCUCACUUCUUCAAUUGUACCCUUGUUUGAAAGAUUACCAAAGUGGACUGGUCUACGCGCUCUCCGUCUCUCUGACACAAAGUUACCUCCCUUAUCAGCAGAUGUCUUUACUGCUUUCGGAAGGUGUCGACAGAACUCAGCCUGA